AUGUCUUUCCCGAACACAAAUAACGAGCUCGUUCGCGAAGCCAAGUUCAACGAGAAUGAGUUGAAGCCGUCGCAGGGCGACGCUGUCCCCCGAUUUUACGGAUCAUUUCGCGGCGAGCGUCUGGCAUUUCCGGGCGAGGACGAGGUAGCGUGUAUCGUGCUCGAACAUUGCGGGUUGUUGGUGGGCACACGCCUCUCGCCGACAGAGCGUAAGAUCAUGGGCCAGCUGCGGAAAGUGCAUCGUGCCGGUGUCCUGUACUCGCACGAUUUCGAGGAGCGGCACGUCCUAGAGCAGGAUACGGGUCCUUCAAUAUCAUCGACUUUCACCGAGCGCAAUCCCACGAACCCCCGUGCCACUCUACCUUGCCCGAUGGUAAGCCCAUCCGCGACGUGA